UGUGCAGUUACCAGGAUGUUUUAAACCACCUGAACUUAACCAGAAACAAUGAGCUGUUCACCAUGGCCCGGCCGGUCAGAGACUACAGACAGUCCACCAACGUCUCCCUGGACAUUCUGCUCUACGCCAUCCUGGACGUGAGAGAAACUGACCAGACCUUCAUUCCGUACGUCUGGAUGUUUUUGUCGUGGGAGAAUCAUCACAUUUCAUGGGAUCCCGCUGACUUCUGUGGGAUUGAAAGUAUUUCUAUUCCCACUGAAAUGUUAUGGAAACCGGAUCUCACCAUUGAAGAGAUGACAGAAAAGGAUCGAGCCCCUCCGAGUCCUUACAUCAUCAUCAAGAGUGACGGUGUCGUCAAGAUGCAGAACGACCUGGUGCUGGUGAGCACCUGCAGGAUGCACGUGUACAAAUUCCCCUUCGACACUCAGAGCUGCAACCUCUCCAUCAAAACCAUCAUUCACUCUGUUGCGGAAAUCCACCUUUUUCAAAACUCCAGCUCCAAAGAGGCCACAGAGGAAUCCAGAGAGUUGAUGCGGACGCAGUACGAGUGGCUGUUCGUCAACAUGAAGGUCACCAGUCAAACUGUCACAUCGUUUGGCUUCGACCAAGACGUCGUCAUUUACACUAUCAACAUGAAGAGGAGGUCCAUCCUCUACAUCGUCAACUUCCUGCUGCCUGUCCUCUUCUUCUUGUGUCUGGACUUGUCCUCUUUCCUGAUCUCAGAGCACGGCGGCGAGAAGCUGAGCUUCAAGAUCACCGUGCUUCUCGCCGUCACCGUGCUGCAGCUCAUCCUGAAUGAUAUCCUGCCGGCCUCGUCCAACAGGAUCCCGCUCAUAGCUCUUUACUGCAUCGGGGUUUUUGGUCUGAUGAUGCUCAGCCUCCUGGAGACGAUUGUGGUGAUGUAUCUGAUCCAGAAAGACUCAGCACCACAAGAGGACAAAGGGGAAGAAGGCCGAUGCCUGAAGGAGAACAAACAAGGAGAAGUCAACUUCCACAACUGUGAAGGAGAGGAGAAGACAUGGAAUCUGUGUGUGUGUGUGAGUCAUGUUUCUGCUGAUGAAGAUCCAGCUGAACGGCUGAAGAUGGAACAUGGACCAAACUAUAAAGUCAAAGAACAUGACGAAGAUAUGACGGACGAGUCCGAGAGCUUUGAGAAGCUCGCCGGUGAUCUGAGGGAGGCGCUGAAAACACUGACUCUGUUCCUCAACAGGAAGGAGGAAGGAAAACCCGGCUACUGGACCAGAAAAACUAGAACCAUCAACAAAGUCUUCUUUGUUUUCUAUGUCACAGCUGCCACUCUGUUUUUAAUCUGUAUGUUCUUCCACUGGAACGGAGAACAUUAACUCUAACGCUGCAUAAUGAUGCCUAUGUAAUGAAUGCUGCACAUCCAGUUCUGGUUGCAGUCUAAGUCAUAUUCUACCAUUGAGCAGUAGAUUUAUAUAUUUGAAAUGUAACAUGUACAUAUUAUUAAAAAUGAAGCAUGUCAGUGUAAACAGAUUUGCAUCAUACACCCCCCCAGGUUUAAGCAUCAUCGUAAGACAUGUGUCUCUCCUCGUCGUCUGUUGUCUGCAUCUCCGAAUAAUCGUCUUCAUGUCUUUGCUUACAUUGAAUAAA